GGAUUGGGUGCAAAUGCAAUCAGAAUUUAGAGAGAAAUGCUAGCGAGAGAAGAGCGGCUGCGAUCAGCCUAGACUCUUCGAUCGCUGGAAGCGUUGUGGAGGGCGACGACACGUACAGUCUACACGGGACUGGCGUGGGUGUGUAUUCGAAUAAACUGGAAGGUGUAGCGUUCGCAUAAUCGAUAAAUUCUACGAAGGGGUAGGUCCCUCGAGAGGGGACCAUACACUGCAAUGACAAAUACAGCAGCAGUCAAGCAUGGCAAGGAAACUUUGCAGCAACGAUAUAACAGACUGCAGGCAGAAGUUCAAUUACUUGUUGGAGACGUAGGAGAAGCUAAGACGAUUGAUUCAGCAACAGAUGAGAGUGAGUCAUCAGCCAUCCAACUUGCAUCACAGGUCUCAGAACUUCAGCAGCAGGUUGGUAUGGUAAUAAGGAGGUUGCACAAGGGCUUGUUUGUAAUUUGAAUGUAGUAAUUGAAUAUAAAGUAUUCUGUGGUGCCAGUUGGCAUAACAGGUUGAUGUGUUGAAAUAUUCUGUAUUGGUUUCAUUUGCAAGAUAUGAAUUUGGAGAAAAUUGGGUCAGGCUCCUGGACAAUCUGCUGUGGAUGUCGAACUAACACAGCAGCUGAAAUCACACAUUGGUUCAAUCAAACAAACACAAGAAAAGGCACCUGUACUAGCUGAUUCUACAGGGCAUGUUACAUACGAACUAUAUUAUCCUUCAGAACAACAGAAAUUUCAACAACUAUCCAAGGUGACUGAAUUGGAAAAGAGGUUGGGAAGGCUGGAAACACUGAUCAGAAGCAGUGAAGGCAAAAUGUCUUCUCUUUUUUCUCAAGAGACUCAAGAGUCUGAGAAAACUAUAACGUCUGUAGUGUCAUCUCUUGAAGAGAAAGCUGCUUUAUUGGACUUGAAUGAGAUAGAUCAGAUUGAAGCUCGACUACAGUCUGUGCUUUACCACAUGAACCAGAUAUCAGAACAGAAACCAGCAGUGGAGUCUGCUGCGCAGCAGAGUAAGGUUAAUGAACUGUUUGAAGUGGUAAAACGAUGGGAUGCAAUAGCAUCAUUACUACCAGACUUGGUUGCUCGACUGGAGGCUUUGCAACACCUACACUCUCAAGCUGCAGACUUCAGUCAGAAUAUAACACAUCUUGAUGCUGCUCAACAAAAAAUCAAAGAAGAGCUGGAAACAAAUUCAUCACUUUUGUCUGAGGUGUGUUGUUAUCUUAUCAGACCAAGCAGCGUAAAUUAUGGUUGGUUGGUAGCUAAUGUACAGGUAAAGUCUAGUUUUCAUACUAACGCAGAUGCCAUAGCAGCCAAUUGUGAAAACCUUGAGCAACGAAUUGCUGCAUUGUUUGCAAAGUUGGAAAAGAGUUAAGGAAAUAGCAAACUGAAAUGAGACUUUCUAUAAUUAUUGUUUUGCCUCUACUUGCUAAAUAACCAAAGUAGUAGUCUAUGAUAUGGCAAUCAUGCACUUCAUCUACAGUUCACAGUAACAAAUUCAUUGUUGUAACAUUGUAGUAACCUCUUGUUUCACUUCUGUAUGAAAGUAGCAACAAUAAAUUUGACAAGCGA